AUGGCCCUACCCUUUUCCUUCCUGACGGCCCUGGUGGUGCUCAGCUGCCACUGCAUCUGCUCUCUGGGAUGUGAGCUGCCUCACACCCACAGCCUGGAUAAUAGGAGGACCUUGAUGCUCCUGGAACAAAUGAGGAGAAUCUCCCCCUUCUCCUGCCUGAAGGACAGAAAUGACUUUGGAUUCCCCCAGGAAAUGUUUGAUGGCAACCAGAUCCAGAAGGCUCAAGCCGUCUCUGUGGUCCAUGAGAUGAUCCAGAUCUUCCACCUCUUCAGCACAGAGGGCUCCUCUGCUGCCUGGGAUGAGACCCUCCUGGACAAAUUCUACACUGGACUUGAUCAGCAGCUGACUGACCUGGAAGCCUGUCUGACCCAGGAGGUGGGAGUGGAAGAGACUCCCCUGAUGAAUGAAGAGUCCACGCUGGCUGUGAGGAGAUACUUCCAGAGAAUCACUCUGUAUCUGCAAGAGAAGAAAUACAGCCCUUGUGCCUGGGAGAUUGUCAGAGCAGAAAAAUCACCAGAUCCUUCUCUUCAUCAACAAACUUGCAAGAAAGAUUAA